AUGAGUUUUUAUUUAUUACCUCCAGUUUCUUAUCAGAAUCAACAGAAGCUUAAGCAACUGACUAAAAAGAAAAGCUCUAGCUCCAGUUCUAGUUCAUCAAAACAUAAAAAAGAUGGCAGUAAAAAAGAACGAAGUCAUCGAAGUUCCAAAUCUUCAAGGUCAAAGGAUCAUGAAGUUCUGGAAGUUUUAUCAGCAUCUCCUCAUACAAUACAGUCCUCGAUAAUGAGUGAUAGUAUUGACGAGUCAUCAAGAUCAAUUUUUACAACUACUUCAAUAGACACUUCUAGUCUUAAAGAUUCAACAACCAUAUCUUCUGAUGCAUCUCCAAAGUCAGAUACUAACUCCUUAACAACCCUUUCAAAGAGAGCAUCAAUCCUUUCAAAUUUUGAUAUAAAAUCUGUCAAAUCAACUAAAGAAAAGAAGACUUCCGAGUCUUCAUCCGCGUUCAAUUAUACAUUCAAUUCCGAUAUCAAUGAUGCCAUAAAUAGUUCUAGAAGGGCCAAGAAACAUAGCAUUAACACUCAUAAACGUUCUAUAUCAAUCAAUUCUACCAAUUCAGGUUCAAUCCAUUCUCCAAUAAGUUCAUAUGUAGACCAAGGUUCUUAUAGAUCUGUCCCAACAGAAGCAGACGAUGAAACGGAUCAUGAUCCAUUAUUAUUAAUGGAAUCAGAAGAACUGGAUGAAGAUAAUGAUGUUAACGCAAAUCAAGACUUUUCAGAUGUUAGUUCAAUUUUUAGUUCAAGACCUUUACUGUACAUGGACACUAAAAGUAGUGCAUCAUCUCGCAGAAUUGAACAUCCAUCUGGUCAUAAGAGAAGUUCCGAUUAA